CCCCGUUACCGUCGCGGGAUUAAGUGCUGGACCCGCCCAGUGUCGGUGCCGCUUCUGCUUUUGCACCGGCUCCUCGGGCGUGGGCGGAACGGUAAGCCCGGGUACCCUUAAAGGCGAGGCCGUCAGCGGCCCCGGUGUUGCAAGGGAGGCCGAGCAGCCAGCGAGGCACCGGCUCCAGGUGCCACCGGGACAGGAGGCUUCUACGGUACCGUGGACCGGAAAUCGGCGGCGAACGCGGAGGGACCAUGGAGAGCGCCGGUGCCGGUGCCGGUGCCGGUGCCGGUGCUCUGCGCAGGCUGCUGCUGCUGCUGCAGGCGGUGACCUGGGCUGCAGGUGCCCGUCCCUGCAGCCCUAAGUACUUUGGCCGUGAUGCCAUGGUGUGCGUCUGCAAUGCCACCUACUGCGACACACUGGACCCCGUCGUGCUGCCAGCCCGCGGCACCUAUGUCAAGUACGAGAGCAGCAAGGCUGGCAAGCGGCUGGAGCGCAGCGAGGGCAGCUUCCAGCGCAGCCUGCACGCCCCAGAUCUCGUCCUCACUGUGGACACGACGCAGAGGUACCAGAAGGUGAAGGGUUUCGGUGGCUCCGUCACUGACGCAGCUGCUAUUAAUGCCUUGUCCCUGCCAGAAGGAGCUCAGGAUCAUCUGCUGCGCUCCUACUUCUCUGAGGAAGGGCUGGAGUACAACCUGGUCCGGCUCCCUAUGGCCAGCUGUGACUUCUCCCUCCAUGCCUACACCUACGACGAUGUCCCCUAUGACUAUGAGCUCACCCACUUCAGCCUGCGAGACGAGGACACGAAGCUGAAGAUCCCCCUUCUGCAGCGAGCCUUGGCCAUGAGCAAGCAGCCUGUGUCGCUGAUUGCCAGCCCCUGGACCUCUCCGACCUGGAUGAAGACCAGCGAGUCCUACGUGGGGAAGGGCACGUUGAAGGGGCAGGCAGGGGAUAAGUACCACAAGACCUGGGCCAACUAUUUUGUCCGCUUCCUGGAUGAAUACUGCAAGCACAACCUGACCUUCUGGGCAGUGACGGCAGAGAACGAGCCCUCGGCAGGGCUGAUCAACAACUACCCCUUCCAGUGCCUGGGCUUCACGGCCGAGCAGCAGAGAGACUUCAUCGCGCGGGACCUGGGCCCUGCACUGGCCAACAGCUCCCACCGCGUCCAGCUCAUCAUCCUGGACGACAACCGCCUCCACCUCCCGCACUGGGCCAAAGUGGUCCUGGAGGACGAAGAAGCAGCUCGCUACGUCCAUGGUAUUGGCAUCCACUGGUACUUGGACUUCAUUGGUCCCAUACAGGACACUGUGGUGCCCACUCAUGAGCUCUUCCCUGACUACUUCAUCCUGGCCACGGAGGCCUCCAUCGGGGCCCAUUUCUGGGAGCGGGAUGUGAUCCUGGGCUGCUGGGAGCGGGGCAACCAGUACAGCCACAGCAUCCUGAUGAACCUGAACCACUUUGUGGUUGGCUGGAUUGACUGGAACAUAGCCCUGGACCUGGAGGGGGGCCCCAACUGGGUCAAGAACUAUGUGGACAGCCCUGUCAUCGUGGACAGCAGUGAAGGCAUCUUCUACAAGCAGCCCAUGUUCUACCACAUGGGGCACUUCAGUAAGUUCAUCCCUGAGGGCUCCCAACGUGUGGGGCUUGUUGCCUCCAAGGAGUCCAAGAAGACAGACCUGGAGUACACAGCGUUCCUGCGCCCUGACGGUGCCGUGGUGGUGGUGAUUCUGAACCGGUCCCUGCAGAACAUCACCUUUGGGCUUGCUGAUCGGGUUGGCCUCAUCGCAGCCAUGGCUCCAGCCAACUCCAUCCAGACCUACCUGUGGCAGCAACAGUGAUGGGGCUGGGAUGCCCAUGGCUGGCCAGGGGCUGGACCAAGCCAGGCCAGGAGAUCAGCCCCAUGCUGCCCACAGGCUCGGGCCUGGGAGCAUGGAGGAGGAGGUGUCUCAGCUCUUGGCACCGUGGCGAGCUGGAGGAGUGAGGAGGAGUUGUGCCAAGGAGAACCCUGCGUGGAGGAGGGCUGGGGGCAUUGGUGCCCCUUGGGGUGGAGAUCCCACAGACUGCAGACUCUGGUUGUCUUUUUCUCUGCUCCAACAUUAAAUGCUGAUGCUGCCUCUA